AUGACUUCUUUACCUAUACCGCGAGUUUUACAACAGCGAAAAACAAGUUUGGAAUUAGAGCGGGAAAAUUUUGAAAAAUCUCAGAGUAUAAGCAUAAACAAGGCUAUAAAUAAUCAUGAAAGUCCAGUGAAGGAAAAACAUGUUCGAAGCACCAUUAUAGGAACAUUUAGAGAAAAGGGUGGUAAAACAUUUUGGCUUGUGGUAUCAAAAUUACCAUUGCAAGAUAAUAGAAUAGUAGCAUGGAAAUUUUGUCACGUUUUACACAAAGUUCUUCGAGAGGGACAUCCUCAAGUUGUUGUUCAUUCUCAAAAACAUCGAGAAAUGAUUCAGGAUUUGGGAAAAUUAUGGUGUCAUUUGAGAGAAGGAUAUGGAAAGUUGAUUCAACACUACACCCAAUUUUUGUUGACUAAAUUAGAUUUUCACAGGAGGAAUCCACGAUUUCCUGCUAAUUUGGUCGUAUCCGAAGAAGAAUUGGAAUCUAUCGGUGAAAAUGAUAUAAAUAAUUAUUUUCAGAUGUCUGUCGAAAUGUUUGAUUAUAUGGACGACAUUUUAUCUUUACAAUCUGCAGUUUUCGGAUCGUUAAACAUGUCGCGGUGUAAUUCAAUGAUGUCCUCCGGUCAAUGUAAAUUGGCACCUUUAAUUCCAUGCAUUCAAGACUCAUCUCGAUUGUACGAUUAUAGCGUGAAAAUAUUAUUUAAACUUCAUUCCAGCUUGCCCCCCGAUACUCUUAUUGGUCACCGUGAAAGAUUUCUCAAACAAUUUGAAAUAUUAAGAGAUUUUUACCAAGCCGCGAGCAAUUUACAAUAUUUUAAGCAUUUGAUACAAAUACCAUUAUUACCACAUAAUCCCCCAAAUUUUUUAAUUGAAGCUGAACUUAGAACUUAUGUCACACCGGUAGUUGUUUUACCAGAAGAUCCAGAACAAGAUCAAAUGGAUGGAGUAUUAAUUGAUCAUUCCGAUUUUAAUUCAGUAAAUACAGAUUCUGUAAACGCAACUCAAAGAAAUGGUUCUGUUUCACCUGAAGAAACCAUAAGUGAAAGGGAUAAUCUUAUCGAGCAAUUGCAAAAUGAAAUAGCAAGGCUUAAAGGUAAAAUGCAGAAUUUUAUGAUGGAACAUCAAAAAAUUUCUGAAGAACUACGUGACAAAAUAGUUGAAUUGGAGACUGAUUUAGCAACCAGAGACAGCGAACUAUUGCAAGAAAGACAACUCAAAGAAGACCUCUUAAGACACACCGAAGAAGCAUCUAAAUAUCACGAAUAUGAAAAAAGAGCUAAAACAAUGGAAGAAAAAUUUCAAAAAUUACGAAGUGUUUAUACCAAACUCAGAGAAGAACACAUACAAUUGAUACGUACUAAAGCAGAUGUCGAUAAGCAAUUAGUUUUGUCAAAACAUUCUUGCGAAGAAGCUGUAAAAUUAAAAGAUGAAAUUUCAAUUCAAAUGAAUGAACUACUGACUGAAAAUAAUAAAGCGCAAGAAAAAAUAGCACUGACGGAAAAUAUAAUGGGAGAAAUAGAAUUUUUGAAAUCUCAAAAGGAUAUAUUACAAAAUGAAAAAAUGGAAAUAUCAAAAGUUUUAAAAGGGGUUGUCGCAGAAAAAGAAAAAUUAAUUGAAGAUAAUUCAAAGAGAACUGAAGAAUGUAAAAAAUUAGAAAUCGAACUUGAAGAAAAUAAAAAAAAAUUGUUGAAAUCGGAAAAGGAUUCAUUAGAAAAAUGCAAUGAAAAAAUUGAAAAAUUGUUAAGGGAAAGUUUUUUAGAAUGUCAGGAAAGUAUUCGACUGUGCGUAGAGGAAGUAGAUAAUCCAGCUCUUUCGGGUUCGACACUAGCUCCUGAUUAUUUUUGUGAAUUAAUUAGGCCUACUUUAUCAAGUGCCAACGAAUUUGAGUUUUCAUCCCUGGAGUAUGCAAACUCAAAGGGUGAAAAACAUGAAAAUUUAUUGAAAAAUUUAUUGCGACUCAGCAAUCGAAUUAAUAAUUACGUCAUGCUGGGAAAAAUGACGAGUAAUUCUUCAAAAGACAUUGAAUUCGGAGAAAAAAUGGCUGAUGCGUGUAAAGCAGUCGGAAUUGAAUAUUUAUCUCUUUUAAAAAGUGUCGAAGUUAAGAAUUCCGCCAAUGAACUCAAUGAAAAAUGUCAAAAUUUGACGAAAAACAUUAAAAAAGUAGAAGAAUUGGUGGAGGAAUUAACGAAGAAUUUGAAAACUGAUGCUACUGACAUGGCAGAAGAUUUAGUCGAAGGUGAACUAAUUGCAAUGGAAAAAGCUAUAGAAGAAGCUACUCAAAAAAUGGGGGAAAUGCUUAAUGAAUCGCGAAAAUCUCAUUCGGGAGUAAAAUUAGAAGUCAAUGAAAAAAUAUUAGAUUCUUGUACUAAUUUAAUGACGGCAAUUAAAAUCCUUAUUAAAAGAGCCAGAUUGCUUCAAGCCGAAAUCGUGUCGCAGGGGAAAGGAACAAACUCGUCAAAGGAAUUUUACAAAAGGAAUCACCAAUGGUCGGAAGGACUCAUAUCGGCAGCUAAGGCGGUUGCUGUCGGGGCUAAAUUUUUACUAACUUGCGCCGAUAAAGUUGUGAGCGGUCAGGGGAAAUUCGAGCAGUUGAUUGUGGCUUCUCAAGAAGUUGCAGCGAGCACUGCGCAGUUGGUUGUCGCCAGCCGAGUAAAAGCGGAUAAAAAAAGCGAAAAUUUAAAAGAAUUGUCGUCUGCAAGCAAAGGUGUUGCCCAAUCUACGGCUGGAGUCGUUGCUACAGCUAAAAGUUGCAGUCAGCUCAUCGAAGAAUCCGAAGAUUUAGACGUCACAGGUUUAUCACUUCAUCAAGCCAAACGUUUAGAAAUGGAAUCUCAGGUUAAAGUUUUAGAACUCGAAGCUUCUUUACAACAGGAAAGGCAAAAACUCGCGUCGUUGAGACGACGUCAUUAUCAACUUGCUGGAGAGGGAGAAGGAUGGGAAAAAGGGGUUUGUUAUUAUUUAUUUUCUCCAGGAAUUUCAUAUUAA